CGCACAUCAGGCCGUGCUAGGUUUGUAUCUUCUCUCUGCUUGAAGACAGAGCAAUGCCAAAGAAAGUCAAGCUUGCAAGAAAGGAGCUGGGACCUGUUCCCUGUAAGCAGGCAAAGGUGGAGGCAGCCAGUGUGCCUUCCAUCUUAAAUUUUGCCAACCCCAGUAGUCUCUUUGAAAGUUUAAUCUCACCCAUCAAGACAGAGACAUUUUUCAAGGAAUUCUGGGAGCAGAAGCCCCUUCUCAUUCAGCGAGAUGACCCUACAUUGGCCACAUAUUACCACUCCCUGUUCAGGCUAACAGAUCUGAAGAGUCUGUGUAGCCAAGGUGUGUACUAUGGACGGGAUGUGAAUGUCUGCCGGUGUGUCAAUGGCAAGAAGAAGGUUUUAAAUAAAGAUGGCAAAGCACACUUUCUUCAAUUGAGAAAAGAUUUUGAUCAGAAAAGGGCAACAAUUCAGUUUCACCAACCACAGAGAUUUAAGGAUGAGCUUUGGAGGAUCCAGGAGAAGCUGGAAUGUUACUUUGGUUCUUUGGUUGGCUCAAAUGUGUAUAUCACCCCUGCAGGCUCUCAGGGCCUGCCUCCACAUUAUGAUGACGUUGAGGUUUUCAUCCUGCAGCUGGAGGGAGAGAAGCACUGGCGCCUCUACCCACCCACGGUGGUCCUGGCACGAGAAUACAGUGUGGAGGCUGAGACACGAAUUGGGAAACCGACACACGAGUUCACUUUAAAGCCGGGUGAUUUGUUAUACUUUCCCAGAGGGACCAUCCAUCAGGCAGAUACUCCUCCAGGGCUGGCCCACUCUACUCAUGUGACCAUCAGCACCUACCAGAACAAUUCAUGGGGAGAUUUCCUUUUGGACAGCAUUUCGGGGCUUGUGUUUGAUACUUUAAAGGAAGAUGUGGAGUUACGGACUGGAAUACCCCGACAGCUGCUUAUGCAGGUGGAGCCCACAACUGUGGCAACGAGAAGAUUAAGUGGCUUCCUGAGAGUUCUUGCAGACCGGCUGGAGGGCACAAAAGAACUGCUAUCAUCAGACAUGAAGAAGGAUUUUGUUAUGCACAGACUCCCCCCUUACCAUGCAGGAGAAGGAACAGAGCUAUUGACACCAGGUGGGAAGUUACCAAGGGUGGACAGUACAGUGAGACUACAGUUCAGAGAUCACAUCGUCCUCACAGUAGGACCAGAUCAGGAUCCAUCUGAUGAAGCUCAAGAAAAAAUGGUUUAUCUCUAUCAUUCUCUAAAGAAUAGAAGAGAGACACACAUGAUGGGAAAUGAGGAGGAAACAGAGUUCCAUGGACUUCGCUUUCCUUUAUCACACAUGGAUGCACUGAAGCAAAUUUGGAAUAGUUCAGCUAUUUCUGUCAAGGACCUGCAACUCAGCACAGAUGAGGAAAAGGAGAGCCUGGUGUUAUCCCUCUGGACAGAAUGCUUAAUACAAGUCAUGUAAUGCCUGUACAGAAGCAAAUUGUAUUCUGCUGUAUUCUGAGUGUGUAAAGGGAAUGUAAUGCCUGUUGCUGCGUCAACACUUAGGGCAGGAGUACACAUGGCAGCCAAAGAGGAAAAGGCAUCUGUUCUUGCCUAUCUAUCUACUGUACUAAUAGCAACAUGAGAGAGAAAUCUAUACUAAGUUACCUAAAAUGUGACAGAGCCAUACUUUUGAUGAGUUUAUUUAAUCCAGUGUGGUAGAAAAGGCACAACUCCAAUAAAUGUACUGUGUAGAAUAAAUGUCAUUAACCUGGCUUUGUUUUUGUUCCUUGGAAGAAACAUUGUUUAAAGAGCCUCCAUUGCUCUACAAAAUUUAACAAUUAACAUGAAGAAAGUUGUUUUUUUACAGUGCAAAUAUACAUACCUUGUGUAUACACAAGCCCCCAUCCCUUUGUUAAAAUAAAGUUAUUUCUGUAACAUACGUUUCAUUAAAUAAUACUGCCACACCCAUGAGAGGCACUCAAAAUCUGUGUACAUUUUCAAAUGCUGCUGAAAAGAUGACAAUAGCCUGAGAUUGAAGAACAAACACCCAGUAUUCAUAGAGAAAGAACCAGUCUA